AUGAAAUAAAAUUUGCCUCAAUAGAGUUCCAUUAUUUUUGAAUUAUGCGAUUAAUUUUAAACUUAACUUCUAAAUUUUAAGAACAAGAUAAAAACAUAAUUAUAACAUCUGGAUGAUUUGAUAAAUUCAAUAAUAGAACUAGUUUAAGAAAAAAUAAAUCAAAAUAUAAUAGAAGAGAAUGAUAUCAUAGAAGAUGUUUUUUUGUGUUGUUAAGCAUUUAUAGAAAAUAAAUUAGAUGAUUGUUUGGCUAUGGUAAAAAAUUUAAUCAUUUAAAUUUAAAUAUCAAUAUAAAGAUCAAAGUAAUAGAAUAAUAAAUAAGGAACUUUAAUAAAUUCUAAUUAAUAUGAGUAUAUGGAUUUUUAUGAUCAGAGCACAUAGUGUUCAUCUAGUAAUAUUAAUAAAUAUGAAUUAAAAUAAACUAUUAAAUAAAAAGAAAUUUGUUUCUCUCUUAUAUUUAACAGUUAAAAUUCCAUAAUGAUUUCAGGAUGUGGAGAAAACAUUAAAUAAUGGAAAAUAAUUAAUGGAUUAAUUGAAAAUGAUCCUCUUAUUUUAUAUGGACAUACAAAAUUAGUAACUUGUUUAAUUUAUACAAAUGAUGAUAGAUGUUUUAUAUCUGGAAGUGAUGAUGGAGAUAUUAGAUUAUGGAAAAAAGUAUAGCCUAAUUAAUGGUAAUCAACAACCUUAACUGUUCAUCGUUAAGGAGUCAUAGGAGUAUUAUUUAAUAGUUAAAAUUAAUAAAUUAUAAGUUUUGGUAAGGAUCCUUUAAUCAAUAUUAUCAAAUUUGGUUAAUAGAAUUUAAUGUAGAUUAAAUAAACAUUGAAUAAGCAUUAAUCUAUUCUUAAUUGUCUUUGUAUGAAUGAAUCAGAAUCUAUUCUGGCUUCAUCAGACUCUCAAAAAAAUAUAAUGAUUUGGGUUAAAGAUAAUAAUGCAUAAUGGCAAUUCAAAUAAAUAGUAAAUUAAUCUACUAAUGAUUAUUUUUGUAGAAUGGUAUUUAUAAAUAAUUAUCUUAUCUGUUAAUAAUGGAGUAAGCCUAUUUCAUAAGUGUUUGUUGAAGUUAAUGGAUAAUUCAAUUAAAGACCUGAUCUUUAAAUUCAAUUAAGUGAAUAAAAUUAAGACGACGAAGACUUAUUUCCAACAAUUUACAAUAAAAAGAAAGGCAUUUUAAUUUAAAAAUAUGGGUAAUAUGUUUAUAUUUUGAAAUAAUUGAAUAAUUGUUAAUUCAGUUAAAUAUGUCCACCUAUAAAUUGUAUUGAUUAAUAUAAUUAUGGAAAUCUUAAUAAAGAUGGAAAUAUUUUGAUUAUUUGGAAUUAUAAGACCAUGGAGUUCCGCAAUUACGAUUUGAGUUUAUUUUGA